UCACUGUCGGACCAUAGCAACGUAACACCCAGCGGAAGUAAACAAUAGGCACUAGCAGCGUUAGCUGCAUUGAAUGAGGUGUUAGACGAUAUUACAGGACAGCUCAUCAUUUAAUCUUUAAUCAAACAACAAUGACUUCAUUUGAGUAUUUGAGAGAGUUUGUCAAUGACAGACUAACUGCUGCUGCCCAAGAAAUAUUCAGAGUUUUUGAAAUGACUGUGGUCGAGUAUGAAGAAGAGAUCAGCCGUCAGCGCAGACUGCUGGACGUGGUUUGGAAACCUGAAAUAAAGUUACACAGGAUAGAGCUCCCACAGGAAGAUGUCUGUACUAAAGAGGAUGUUCUCACUGUCCAGCAGCUCUGUGACGAGGAGAGGAGCUUCAGCUUGGACGAAGAAGACCCAGAACCUCCACAGAUGAAAGAGGAAGACUGCACCGAUGAGGAAGAAGAGCAGCCUGUACUGAAGCAGGAGGAUGACACCUUUAUGUUGACUCCUACUUAUGAGGGAAGUGAGCACAGUGAAGCAGAACCAAACAGUGACCACCAGGUUUUUCAUGUUUCUGAAAGCCAAGAUCAGACAGGAGACAAACAUGAAGACUCGGGAUCAAGUAUAGCUGCAGAGCAAGGACCAAAGAAAAGACGGUCAGAGGCUGAACAUAAUAUUCAUACGGGUAAAGAGUCUUUGAAGUGUGACAUCUGUGGGAAAGCCUUUAGCUUUAAGUCAAAAUUGCAGAGACACCUGCGUGUCCACACAGGCGAGAAGCCGUACGUUUGCAAGUUCUGCGGGCAAGGAUUCGGUUACAUGUCGGUACUGAAAACUCAUGUACGAAUCCACACAGGGGAGAAACCAUAUUCAUGUAAAACAUGCGGGAAGAAUUUCACACGUUGUACUGCCCUGAAGGCCCACACGAGAACACACACAGGAGAGAAGCCGUACCUUUGCAAGACCUGCGGGAAAAGGUUCUGCGCCUUGCCACCGUUAAAAAGGCACAUGGAUAUCCACACGGGCGAGAAGCAGUUCAUUUGCAGAACGUGCGGGAAAAGAUUCUGUCGGACGUCGGAAUUGAACGCUCAUGUGAGGAUACAUACAGGCGAGAAGCCAUAUUCAUGCCAAACAUGUGGGAAAGAUUUCAGGCUCAGUAGUGUCUUGAAGGUCCACAUGAGAACCCACACAGGCGAGAAGCCGUACCUCUGUAAAACAUGUGGGAGUUAUUUCAGUUGUAGCAGUGGCUUGUUGGUCCACAUGAGGAGAGUCCACACCCCUGAGAAGCCACAAACCGUACCACAUUGUAACAUAGAUAAAUACAUGAAAAUAACAAUGUCUUCAGUUGAGCAUUUGAGAAAGUUUAUCAGCGACAGACUGAGUACUGCUGCCCAGGAAAUAUUCGGAGUUUUUACAAAAACUAUCGUCGAGUACGAAGAAGAGCUCGACCGUCAGCGCAGACUGCUGGUUGUCAGAAAGUUACUCAGCACAGAGCUCCAACAGCAACAUGUCUGCACUAAAGAGGAGGAUCUCAUUGACCAGCAGCUCUAUGACAAGGAGAGGAGCUCCAGUCUGGACCAAGGGGACCCAGAGCCUCCACAGAUCAAAGAGGAAAAUGAGGAAGUCUGCACCGGGCAGGAAGGAGAACAGCUUGUACUGAAACAGGAGGAAGAAACUCUUAUGGUGACUCCUGCUUGUGAGGGAAUUAAAGAUUUUAUUCCUGACAAAAGCCAAAGUGAAGCAGAAACAGAUUUUCAAUCAAGAGAUGAAUCCGAUUAUGUCAAUUUUCCAAACAAACAUCGGAGUCCCAGAAAGUUUUUCGAAGACCACCAGCUCCUCUUCAACAACUCUCAUGUAGCUCAGGGCCAAGAUCAGGAAGGAGGAAAGCUAGAUGCAGAGCCAGAAGCAAAGAGGAGUCGUGACAAAUGUCAGGGUCCCAAAAAGUCUUUCAAAUGUGACAUUUGUGGAAAAGAAUUUGAUAAAAAUUCAAGACUGGAGAAACACAUGAGAAGUCACACGGGUGAGAAGCCGUUUAUAUGCAACACCUGUGACAAAGGUUUCAAAUGUGGUGAAGCCUUGGUGAUCCACACUAGAACUCACACAGGUGAGAGGCCAUUCGUUUGCACAACCUGCAACAAAUCUUUUAGCAACAAUCCAGUUCUGAAAAGGCACAUGGCAACCCACUCUGGUGAGAAGCCGUUUAUUUGCACAACAUGUGGGAAAGGUUUCUGUCUGGCAUCAGCAUUAAGAAUUCAUAUCAGAGUACAUACAGGUGAGAAGCCGUAUUCAUGCACAAUAUGUGGGAAAAGUUUCAGAUUCAGUAACGUCUUGAUAAGGCAUAUGAGAAUCCACACAGGCGAGAAGCCGUACGUCUGUAAAACAUGUGGAAAUGCUUUCCGAUGUAACAGUGGCUUGAUGGUCCACAUGAGAAAAUUCCACCCUGAUAAGGAGCCACAGCACUGCAAAACCUUUAAGACAAUGUCUUCAGCUGAGCGUUUAAGAAAGUUUGUAAACGACAGACUGAGCGCUGCAGCUCAGGAAAUACUCGGAGUUUUUAUAAAAACUAUCGUCGAGUACGAAGAAGAGAUCGACCGUCAGCGCAGACUGCUGGAUGUGGUCUGGAAACCUGAAGUAAAGUUACUCAGCACAGUUUCUCCAGAGCUCCCACAGCAACAUGUGGAGGAGGAUCUCACUGACCAGGAGAGGAGCUCCAGUCUGGACCAAGGGGACCCAGAGCCUCCACAGAUGAAAGAGGAAAAUGAAGAAGUCUGCACCGGUCAGGAAGGAGAACAGCUUCUACUGAAACAAGAGGAAGAAACUCUUAUGGUGACUCCUACUUGUGAGGGAAUUAAAGAUUUUAUUCCUGACAGAAGCCAAAGUGAAGCAGAAACAGAUUUUCAAUCAAGAGAUGAAUCUGAUUAUGUCAGUUUUCCAAUGUUACAACCAAAUAGUGACCACCAGCUCCUCUUCAGCAACUUUCAUGUAGCUCAGGGCAAAGAUCAGGAAGGAGGAGAUGCAGAGCCAGGAGCAAAGAGGAGUCGUGACAAAUGUCUAAGUCGCAGAAAGUCUUUCAGAUGUGACAUUUGUGGAAAGGAAUAUCAGAGUAAGUCAGGAUUGCAGACACACCUGAGAAGUCACACGGGCGAGAAGCCGUUUAUGUGCAAAAUAUGUGGAAAGACGUUCAGCCAGCUGUCGACAUUAAACAUUCAUAUAAGAAUCCACACAGAUGAGAAACCAUAUUUAUGCACAACAUGUGGGAAAGGUUUCAGGUGCAGCGGUGCCUUGUUGAUCCACGUUAGAACUCACACAGGUGAGAAGCCGUUUGUUUGCGCAACCUGCAAGAAGUCUUUUGGUAACAAGCCGGCUUUGAAGAGGCACAUGCAAGUUCACACGGGUGAGAAGCCGUGCCUUUGCAAAACCUGUGGGAAGAGAUUCUUUGACCUUUCGACUUUGAAAGCCCACAGCAGGAUCCACACAGGUGAGAAACCGUUCUCUUGCAAAACAUGUGGGGAAGAUUUCAGAACGACCGGUCAGUUAAAGUUUCACAUGAGAAGAGCCCACGCUGCUGAGAAGCCGUACCUUUGCAACAUCUGUGGAGAAGCUUACUUUGAUCUGUCAGAUUUGUCCGUCCAUUUACAGUCACAUUCAGGCAUUUAGCCUUGUGUUCGCAAGAUAUGUGGGAGACGAUUCAGUUCUUUGUGAUUUACUCAGACUUUAUAAAAGACCUGAGGAUCAAUAUACACAAAUGCCAUCGAGCUGAAUCUCACUGGGAAGCGUGUUCACCUACUGAAUCAAAUACACAUUUGCAAAAGCUACAUUUCUGUGAUAAAAUGUAAUGUAAGUUUCGUAAAGAUGAGAUGUCAAUACCUCAGUUUAAAGUUUGAUUUAGCUGCUGUAUUACAGUACAUCCUACUUUUUGAGAAACAACAAUAAUAAUCUCCCAUAUGUUUGUUUUACACUCAGAGCACAGUGGCUGGUUUACUUAUGGUGUGUGGGUGAUGACUGAUUGUUGUGUGGAUAAGAGCAUUUGUAAAACGUAAUAAAUGUUCAUUUUCAAAGUA